AUUCAAAGGAACGAUCGGGGAGGAAAAUGUCGGUCAGGGUCAGCGGAGUUUAUUUGGUGCCAGCUUCGGCCACCACUACCACCAUCAGUAGCGAGGCGAAUAACGAGAGAAGUAACAAUAAUCUCGUUCCUUUGCACGAAAGCAAUCUUCAACAGCAAGCCCAGCAACAACAGCAACAUCAUCAUCACCAUCAUCAUCAGCAACAACAGCAACAACAUAAACAACAGUACUAUGCUACUAAGACAGUCACCAUCGCCACUGCACCGCAACGGAGCAAUAGCCUCGAUUAUUUAAACUUCGAAGAGAAACGACAAAUCAUCGCGUCCUCUUUGUCCCUAAGUGAUUUUCUGGCUCACGGGCCUGCCGCUGCAGCGGCAGCCGCGGCCAAGGAAGUUGCAGCGAAUACCGUCAUUGCUAAGAAACAAAAUGGCGCUGCCCUUCGAACGAACAGCCUGGGCUCUGGCGCGAGAACGCCUCCUCUUGAAAGGAAAAGCAAAUUUUCAGCCCUUGGUAGACUUUUUAAACCUUGGAAAUGGAAGCGGAAAAAGAAAUCGGACAAAUUUGAGGCCGCUUCUUUAUCCCUUGAAAGAAAAAUCUCUGUACGUGCUAGUAGAGACGAAUUGGUACAAAAGGGAAUCUUAUUACCAGUUAUAAGAUCGACAUCGUUUCCGGAAAAUGAAACGAUAAGUGACUUGAUGGACAUACAAAAGCCACCAAGUCCUCAGCAAACUCCUCAGCAACAACAACAACAACAACAACAACAACAACAACAACAGCAGCAGCAGCAGCAGCAACAAGUACAACCCGUUAAUGUAGGUAACGAGACUGGAAGCACUCCUGUACCAACAUCGACUUCAACCGGUAGCUUGCAACAAUCCCAGCAAGUAACACCGAGCACGCCGACCCCAACGACUGCCAAUCCACAUUCUAAUGGGUCGCCCAGUAAUCAUUCGUCUCCUCACCCUCCACCUCAUUAUCCAGGAAUACCUUCGUCCCAGGGAGGACAGACAAAUGGAAAUUCGCAAGAGCCGAAGAAGGAAAAAACUGAACAGAGUGCAAAUGGCGCGGUUUCGCCAAGUGGUGAGAUUCAGGUCAAUCAGGGCACAACGACAAGCGUUACGGUGCCUGUUUCAGAUACGACCACAAAUACAGGGGAUCAACAAAAGCCGCAUAGGCCAAGCACCCUCGAUGCUAGGGUUGUAGCCAGGAGACUGAUCUUGUUCGACAUGGAAAAGGCUGUUCUCGAUCAAAGCGUCGAAAAUCAACAGCAGAUGAUAGAGAGGUGUUAUCCUUUACCACCUCAAAACACUCUGAUGUUGUCAGAACUUCCGGAACCACCAAUUCCCUUAAGCGAGAUCGGACCGAUUCCACCACCGCCUAUGUUCAGCUCGCCGAGUCCCACAUUGGUAACGAGGCAGCGACAACAACAAAUCCCUUUAUCGGAUUGCGAGGACGAAGAUGACGAAGACAUCGACGUGGAAGAGGAAGACGAUAAUCUUUACGUCUUUAGGGUGUCUCAACCAGAUCCAGCGAUUGAUACAUCUAGGAUCGAAGAAAUACCAGCGAAAGAGCCUAAGUUCCAUGCAAUACCAUUGAAAAGUGCACUGAAGAAAAAGGGACCUAGUAGUGGCCCUGGAACACCGCAAAAUACACCGACGCAGGAAAACAGGCCAUUGACUCUUCGCCAAGAGCUCCACGCUUCAUUCAAAAGGCCACCGUUGAGGCCUAGGAUGAGAAUAUGCAGUCGACCAGUCAGAUUCGGACUUGCUCUGCCCUGUACGUUGGAAAAUAAGGAGAAUGCAAGGCCUUACGUUAUCCGAGAAGACGUUGAUGGUGAUGGCAGUGACGGACAGGUUCUUUAUAGGGAUGAGUAUGAUGAUGAAAAAACUCGACUGGCAGCUAAAAUCGCACGCAAAGAAUCACUUUCGUUAAAACUAGCCCUCAGGCCUGAUAGACAGGAGCUCAUCAAUAGAAAUAUUCUUCAGUUACAAACAGACAAUGAAAGGCAAGAAACGAAGGAGGCUAUUGGUGCUCGGCUUAUCAGGCGACUGAGUAUGCGUCCUACUCAAGAGGAAUUAGAGGAACGAAAUAUUUUAAAAAAACAAAGUCCUGCCGAGGAGAAGAAGCAAAAGGAAGAGAAAAAACGAUAUCUUUUAAGAAAGCUUAGUUUCCGACCAACCGUCGAAGAACUUAAGGAAAAGAAGAUCAUCAGAUUCAACGAUUACAUCGAAGUUACGCAAGCUCACGACUACGAUAGGAGAGCCGAUAAGCCAUGGACACGAUUGACUCCAAAGGAUAAAGCAGCAAUUAGGAAGGAAUUGAACGAAUUCAAGAGUUCCGAGAUGGCUGUACACGAAGACAGUCGACACCUUACCAGAUUCCAUAGACCAUGACAAUUGCAAUGUGUAGAGGUGAUGCAGUGUGGUGCAGGUGUAGUAAGUGAAGGUGCAGUGUGGUGGCCACGUGUUGAAGUUGGAUAAAUCGAGUUUGCGUCUGGGUUGCGUAAUUAAAUAGCGGAAUACGCCAUAAUCUACCAGUGAUUGAAGAUGAUGAAAAA